AUGAGUUUUCACAAACUUCUUGCCGCGCUUGCCUUGGCGACAGCAGCCAAGGCAACACCAGCCGAGCGUCGCGACAUAGACAACACCCAACCAGUCGGAACAAACCCCAUCAAUGCCUUUGACGUAAAGUUCCUUGGCAACCAGGUCGCGGACAAUAGCUGCACCCACAGAGACCUCGGUUUUGCAGGAAAGAUCAAAGAUAAAUGGUACGCCAUAUAUGGUGAUAACCUGUGGUGUGCUCCGGGAGUAACCGAUCCGACCAAAGACACUCCCGGUUUUCACGGCAUGGUUCGAGACUCGGUCUCUGCUCUCGGCAAUAAUCCCCUCGUUGUGCAUGAUCUGAAUCUUAACAAUGACUCUCCAGUCAAACACCCAAAUCAGUUUGUUCCAUUUAAUUCAAAUUGGGGAGAGAGCAACACCGUAGGAUUUGGCGGGACUAGUCUCGUAGAGACGGACUAUAACUCGGCCACUGCGGCGCUGUACUACCUUAUUAAUAAGAAUGAAGACUACAGCCAUGCCGGUAUUGCAAAGGUACAGGUCACAAAUGGUGCUCCCAAGGUCGUCCAACGCCUCGGUAGCCAAGGAUGGUGGUGGGAUACCUCAAAAACAGCCAAAUUUGGAGAUGUUGCCGCCUACCGCGACACCAACAGCGAAUACAUCUACAUCCUUGGCAACCCACCCAAGACCGUCACAACUUGGCCGGGCAAUCAGUAUGUAUAUCAGGCACGUGUCAAGGCCAGCGAAGCAUUCGACCUCAGCAAGUAUCAAUACUGGUGGGGAAGACAACAAGGCUGGAAGAGCAAUCUCUUGACAACGCUUACACCCGAAACUGCGGUGAUGUGGGGUGUUGGACAGGGCCAGAUUGUCUAUAGCAACUUUUUCAAGGCGUACAUCUACGUUCAUCUGAGCGGUUCUACAGUAGCCCUGCGAACAGCGCCGAAGCCAGAGGGUCCAUGGACUGCUGACAAGGAGAUUUACAAGGCAACUCCUAUCGAUGGCGGCCUUGUCUAUGCGGGAGUUGCCUACCCCUAUCUGGACACCACCGGAAAGACGUUAACCAUUGCUUUUACGAACAAUAACCACAUUCAGGUUAUCAAGGUUACAUUUAAGUGA